AUGUGGACCAUCUGGGUGAUCAUCUUCUGGAUUUCAACUGUCCUGAUCAGAGCUGUCCCACCUGUCUGUGACCUCCUGAGUGUUCUGAAAAAGGAGGAAGAAAACUGUGCUGAGACUCUCUCCCUGGAGGCAAAGAACAGAACGAUGGAAAACGAUCUGCUUCUGAGCUCAGGCAGAUGUGCUGGAAUGUGGGAUAACAUGAGCUGCUGGCCUUCCUCUGCUGUGGGACAGACUGUCAAUGCUCACUGCCCUGAAUUCUUCCAGAUGCUGACUGGGAAGAAAGGUUUUGUCUAUCGAAACUGUACGAGAGAGGGUUGGUCAGACCCAUAUCCAAGACCCGAUAUCGCUUGUGGCUACAAUGUCAAUGACACGACAAAUGAGGCGAGACGUUCCUAUUUCAUGACUCUGAAGACCAUGUACACCAUCGGGUACUGCACCUCGCUUGUGACGCUGACGAUAGCCUUAGUGGUCCUGCUCUCUUUUAGAAGACUUCGCUGUACAAGGAACUACAUCCACAUGCAUCUCUUCACAUCGUUCAUUUUGCGAGCCUCAUCCAACUUCAUCAAGGAUGCUGUUUUGUUUUCCUCUGAAGACACAAAUUACUGUGGGGCACACACGACUGGCUGUAAGCUCACCAUGGUCUUCUUUCAGUAUUGCAUCAUGUCCAACUACAGCUGGCUCCUCGUGGAAGGACUGUACCUCCACACUCUCCUGGCUAUUUCUUUCUUCCUGGAAACGAAGUUCCUCUGGUGGUUCAUCGCCCUCGGAUGGGGUGCCCCAACCGUGUUUGUGGCCGCAUGGGCGACUGCUAGGCAACUCCAUGAAAAUAUUGGGUGUUGGGACAUUAACACUAAUGCCAAUACCUGGUGGAUCAUUAGAGGCCCUGUAGUUUUGUCUAUUUUUAUUAAUUUCAUUCUUUUUGUCAACAUUUUAAGAAUCUUGAUGAGGAAGCUCAGCUCACCUGAAGGACGGAGCAGUGAUUUCAACCAAUACAAGAGACUUGCAAAGUCAACGCUUCUCCUCAUCCCUCUUUUUGGGGUCCACUACAUCAUCUUCGCUUUUUUCCCUGAAGAUGCAAGCAGCGGCACAAUGGAAAUUCAGCUGUUUUUUGAAUUGGCUCUUGGAUCAUUCCAGGGCUUUGUCGUGGCUGUACUUUAUUGUUUUCUUAAUGGUGAGGUUCAGCUGGAAGUUCAGAGAAAAUGGAGGCAGUGGCAUUUAAGCAAAGACUUGCGUCAGCAUCUCAGCACCUCAGCGAGUAACGGAGGAAGUGGCUUAACUCAAGAGAUGCAGAUGGUGAGGUCGAGCCCACCAGAGCACAGGAGAGCAACCCUCCAAAGAUCAAGCGUGCUUUAACACUG